AGUCUGUCUGAGCAUGUGCUGCUGGUGCAGCUGCUGCUGCAGUGAAGUAAAAUGUGUCAAUUUUCAUCGGACAGUAGAGACACCGUGGAGGAGAAGCCGGGGACAGCAGAUGAGCGGCAGGAAGCGGACACCGAGUCAACCAGGACAAUCUCUCCGGGGGAGAUGCAUUUGAUCGUCCGGCUUGUGUGCUGAGGGACACCGCAGAGCUCAGCCGAAAGAUCUUUGUUUUUUUGCUACAGUAAAGUCUGUGUGAAGGCGAGAGGAGGAAGGAUGGUGACAUCGGAAAUCCCAGAGGCUCCCGUUCCUCUGACAGCGCUGUCACGCUGGUACCUGUACGCCAUCCAUGGUUACUUCUGUGAGGUGAUGUUUACUGCAGCCUGGGAGUUUGUGGUCAACUGCAACUGGAAGUUCCCUGGCGUGACCAGUGUAUGGGCGCUCUUCAUCUAUGGCACCUGCAUCCUCAUUGUGGAGCAGAUGUACCUAAAGCUGCGCGGUCGCUGCCCCGUGCUGCUGCGCUGCAUCAUCUACACUUUAUGGACCUACCUGUGGGAGUUUGGUACGGGGCUGCUGCUGCGCCAAUUCAACGCCUGCCCUUGGGACUACUCUGAGUUCCGCUACAACUUUAAGGGACUGAUCACGGCUGAGUACGCGGUGCCCUGGUUCUGCGCAUCCUUCAUUGUGGAGCGCCUCGUCAUCCGCAAAACGCUGAGGCUGCGCUUUCAUGAAGGGCCCGAGGAUGGUUGGUCAAACCAUCAAUCUGAUGCUGGGGGUGGCCGAGGGAAUGGAGGAACUGUGGGGGGUGGGAGAAGGAGAGAGAGGAGCAGAGGGAUGGGAAAUAAUUCUAAUGGCUACCUUAAAGCAGAAUGAAUCAAGGAAUUGAUAGAAUGACACAAUCCAAACCAGCCCAAUCCAACCCUCCUUUUCAUAAGCAGUCCUACCCCUCAGCUGUGUGAGAUGAAGACACACAGCUGUGCAGACUGGGCUGGUAUGCAGACAGCCAGACAACAAACACCUAACUGGGGCUUUAAAUGCCCAAAUCACACACUGUUAACACAGGGGUACCGUUAACUACAUGCUGCUGUGUUUGCUGCAUUUCAUAACGCACCACCCAUUUCCAUGUGGGCUUGACCUUAAGGAGAUCAGGGCUCUCUCUCCUGUCCCACAAUGUUUGGGUAAAAGAACUACUGUUGCAAAAGAGUAUGUGUGAUUGUCCUGUGGAAGAAUUAAUUCACGAACAAAUACAUUAUUAAUGUUUUUCAGGGGCACAUCAGUCUAUAUUAAAGCAGAAUGCUUGCUGUGUAGAAAUCAUAGUAAAAAGUAGCUUGGUUGUGAAAUGUCCUUUUUAAAAUGUACAUAUUGUCCUUUAGUAUUAUUCAAAGUACUGUAGUAAUGUAGCUACAAAAGGAUCCUUAAAGGUGCUGUAUACCAGCAUUUUAUUUUGAAAGGUCAUUCACGGCUAAAAAUAAGGAGCUUUUGCGUGUGACAGGAAACAGCCUGCUGGUAUGAUACCACUAUAUAUGUGCUUGCCUGAGUGAGGUGGUUAGCAGUGACUGAACUUUCAAAAUAAAAUACUUGUAUUCAACACCUUAAGA